UAAUGUAUUUUGCUAUCAUUUGAAUAAUGAAUGUAGUUUCAAGCUGUCACACAACAAACAAGUGCUGCUCUGAAAAUUCGGUUUGAAUAGGGUGGUCCGAUUUCGAACAUUCUUGAAAAUUUAAUGAUGUUCCGACCAAAUCCCGUAAUUCAAAGUCCUGACAGGACAGGUUUCAAUUGCGCGGCUUGCGAUCGUCCGGAUAAUGAGGAAUCGCAAAUGGUAUUUUGUGACCACUGCCAGCGGUGGUAUCACUUCGGCUGUGUUGGCGUGACAGCUGAUGUCAAGGACGUUUCGUGGUGCUGUCAGAAGUGCGUCGGAAGUGCAAGUGAAGGUGUUGUUCCUGCUGAUGUGCAAGAGGGGCUGAAAGAGCUCGAAGCGGAGAAGGCGAAGCAGAAGCGGGAAAUGGAGAAAGAGAAGAUUUUGCACCGGAAACGUCUGGAGAUGAAGCAGGAGCUGUUCGAGAUGCGCCAGCAGCUGGAGAAAGAGAAGCGGGAGAUGGAACUCGAGUUCGAACAGGCGCAAAUGGCGAAGAAGCUCGCGGAAGAAGAAGCCCAUCAGAGGAAACUCGACCAAAUGCGGACGAAGAUGGAGGAGAAGCUGAAGCAGUUAAAGCUGAAGCGGAAUUCAGGAGCGGCCGAUGGUGAAAAGGAGCUGGAGCAAGCUGUCGGAGGCGGUGAAGUGGGAAGCUCGAAAAGCGGAACAAAGAAGAAGACGGAAUCGGAGCAGACGAAGCCGGGGAAAGGACUCGAGAAGGAAAAGUCGAGGAAUGGAAAGCCUGGAAUAGCGGAUGCGACGGUAGCGGACUUCGAAGAUCCGAGAGGAGCGUACCACAAACACUCGACUCCGAAAGUUUGUCGCAAACUGACACUGAAGCCGGUUGGAGGACCAUCGAGUCUGCCGGAGAGUUUUUUGAUCGGGCGCGGCGAAGAUUAUUGAGUCGGAAAGCGCGAGUUCCGAAGAAGAAGAAGAGUCCGCUGAAGAGGUGGAAAGCUGCGAAGAAGAAGAAGAAGAUAGUUCCAGCGAGGAAGAGGAGAGCUCCGCAGAGGAGGAAGAAUGCAGCGAAGAAAGUUCGGAAAGUUCCGAAGAAGAGAAACAGGAAGAGAAGCCUCGUCGGAAAAGCGGAAAAGAGAAGGAUGGGCGGAAGAAU